AUUGCAACCUCCGCCUCCCGGAUUUAAGCAAUUCUCCUGCCUCAGUCUCACGAGUAGCUGGGAUUGCAGGCACACGCCACUGCGUCUGGCUAAUUUUUGUAUUUUUAGUAGAGAUGGGGUUUCACCAUGUUGGGCUGGCUGGUCUCAAACUCCCGAUCUCAAGUGAUCCACCAGCCUCGGCCUCCCAAAGUGCUGGGAUUAACAGAUUCCAGACCAAAAUUGAAAAAAUGGUUGACCUCACCCAGGUAAUGGAUGAUGAAGUAUUCAUGGCUUUUGCGUCCUAUGCAACAAUUAUUCUUUCAAAAAUGAUGCUUAUGAGUACUGCAACUGCAUUCUAUAGAUUGACAAGAAAGGUUUUUGCCAAUCCAGAAGACUGUGUAGCAUUUGGCAAAGGAGAAAAUGCCAAGAAGUAUCUUCGAACAGAUGACAGAGUAGAACGUGUACGCAGGGCACAGGAGAUCUUAGGCCCAGAAAGGCAGAUUCAGAAGAACCUACAUGUAAAUGAGACUGGAGUGGAAAUGAGAAUGGCAGGAAAUGCAUGGAAACAGACUUGUAACUGUCUCAUGGCCUGGUCGUCCGAAUCCCAGAGGAUGGAGUGCAAUGGCAUGAUCUCAGCUCACCGCAACAUCUGCCUCCCGGAUUCAAGUGAUUCUCCUGCCUCAGCCUCUUGAGUAGCUGGGAUUACAGCCUGUCAAAAAAACCUGUCAGCUGCAAAGGCGAUAAGGGGGGCAGUUAAAAGAAGAUACUGGAGCCUUAAGCUUCUUAAUGUGCCAAGAAUCAAUCCCAUGAAAGCAAACAACUUGAAAAAGGGUUAUAUGUAUUUAGGAAAUCUCUGAGGCUCCCUUCCUGCUCUGCUCGAGCUGGAGCGAGUGCUCAAGUUUUCUCACCCUAAUGACCCCUGAAGCAGCCCUGAGGGAUUGCAAAACAAGGCCGUUACACAAGGCAGCUUGCUAAUUGAGAAGUUGAUCGGGGGUAGAGAAAUCCUGCUUUACCACGUUAAGUGUCGAAAUCAAGCAUGACUAGAUUGACGUCGCCAAAUCACCGUCUGGAGGCCACUCCACGCCAGGAGCAGCAGGGCUUUUCACACCUGAUAGGCCCUCACUCUAUCUACAUCAAGUCACAUUAAGAAAGGAAUGUAUUACGGAACUGGAGUCAGUCCGUGCCCCUCAGAGCAUUACUCCACUGCCUAAUUGCUGCUUCUCCGCUUCCCCGAAGUAACAAAUGUGUCCACGUGGACCUGCAGCUUACCUGAUCCCUUUGGAAAGCCAACCUUCCUCCACCUACUCUGCCGAUUUGCUCCAUUAUAAAAAUGCAACACCACCAAGACCCAGAGUAAGUUAGAGGAAGACAGUAGGGUUGGAAAUUUUGUAUUACAUAUCUCGAUCACAUUGAUUUAAAUUACAGGGACCUUGGAACAAUGUAUAAACGAUGGUUCUUUAAACCUUUUAUUUUUAAAUGAAGUUGCAGAUGCAGGAUGUCUGAUCAAUGAAAACGCCUGUCUCUCGGAUAGUGAUUUAGACACCACACGGUGUGCAGAGAGGAGAGACCUUCUGCUUUUGAACUUUGAGUCCCCAGUCACGGAUUUGCUGCUCUCCAACCUAAAAUCUCCUGUGACAGAUGGCAUAAUAGAUAUUCCCAACAGCCCAGACUAGCAGGCUGAUAUUACUUGGUAUUUUUUCUUAUACUCUUUCUGACAGGUUCAAAGCACUUAACCAAUGAUGUGUUUUAGGUAGGGGAUAAAAGGUGACUUAGGAACUUUCCCCCUAUUUGUACCACUUUUUAAAUUUUAAAUCUCAGUUUUCUUACUGACACAAUGGAGCUAAUUCCUAUCUGUGCUCUGUUAACUACAAGACACAUAGAGAAGAAAAAUGGCUUGUUUCCAACCGCAAAGGAUUUACUGGCCAUUAGAAAAGACAGUCUUCUAUAAAUCUGUAAUAGAAAAAUUAAUCCUUACCAUACAUUUUGAGAGGUGGUAGGUGGCAUCCAUUCUGUGAGUGGGGAAACAGAAGUAUAGAGGUAGCAGUGACAUGUCUGAGAUCUCACAGUCAUUAACAGCAGUGAUAGAAAUCUGGCCGAGUCCGAGUCUAUGUGUUCUGAUACCUAGAAGGGUGCUCCCUACAUAAGGCACCUCCUUUCUUACCCUCAAUUGAAGUAUGAUACAUAGUAUGACAAACUAGUAACAAAAAGAAACAAACACAAAACACACAAAAGAAAAGGUGUUUUUGUUUGUUUGUUUUUACCUAGCAAAACAUAACAGGGCAAUCUACAGUAUUAUGUAACCUGGUACUGACUUCCAAGUUAUAAUCUAAACUUAACAUUAUGAUGUCCGUCAUGUUUUUAUAAAAAGCUCCCUAUUCUCUUUUGCAGCUCAAAAUUCAUAAAUAAACCCAUAUGAAUAAAACCCCACUAAAAUGGAAGCUUUGUUUAUCUUCAAAAAUAUAGGCAUAAGGUCAAUUUCCACACACUAAACGUCAUACUGUCUACGAAGCCUUUUUAAUGGAAAAAGCAACUAAAAGUCCAAGUCCUCUCCGAUAAUGAUACCUCCGCAAAUUAGACAAAUUAGUCCAAAGAUUUCCCUUUGCUUACAUUUUAAAGAAACAUCUGAAAUCAAUAUCAAUAUGAAAUUUGGUCAAUUAUGUAAGGGCUUAGUGUAUAAGAGCUAAUGUUUAUUGAGCCCUGUCUCUGUACCAGACACUGUUCUAAGCAUUUGACACGAGUUAUUUCAUUAAUCCUCAGGACAACUGAAUGAGGCAGGUUUAUUCCUCCAUUUUAUGGAUGAGGAAAAUAAGGCAUGCAGAAUUAUGUAAUACACCCAGCGUCACAUAGAUAGAUAAUAGGAGAGCUGGACUCCACACACUGAGCCAUUUAGGAUUCCCCUCUUGUGUCAAGAGAACAACAGAAGGAACCUCAGAGGCUAUUCACUACUACCUCUUAAAGAUCACUUUUCAUGUCCUGACCUGUAGGAAGUGCUUAUACAUAAAGCUAAAUUCUUCAGACUUUCUACUCACCAGGGCCUUACAGUCUAGUUCUCCCUACACGACAUCCUUCUCUUCUGCAGACUACAUUACCCUCCCUCUCCCCAUGUUCAAUGCACGUAGAAAUGAAUGUCGGAACAUUUGCAAGUCCCUCGAGCCACAGGUCUUGAACUUAACUUUGAAUUUGCCUCCUCUUCUCAGACCCCCAAAUCUAGCCCUGCCGCUGUGUUAAAAGGGGAUCUGUCCUCUUUUGUCUCAGUAAGCUACUUCUAGCGCGCAUCACUUCUCCCUUGCACUCAUACUACAACCUCCCAGCUGAACAUCUUUCCACCAGCCUGCCCUGCCCUGCUGUCCGCCUUCCACUCUGCAGCCGGUAGACUUUCUAUAACACAGCUCCAACCCAUUGAUCCUGCUUAUAACCUUCCAUAGCUCCCCUACUGUAUGCAGGGUAGAUGCAGGGAAGCAUGAAAGGUCCAUCCUGUCUGUCUUCUUUUCUGUCUUCUAUCCCAUCACUGAGCCUCACCCCCAAUGUGCUGUCUACUCCCUGGACUCAGCAUCUACCUUCACACCUGAUGUCCUACCACUCCUGCCUGCUGAGUUCCUACUAAAUCUAUUCUUCCUGGAAGACUACUGCUGCUUUUUUUUUCAUAUUCAGAUCAAAUGUCAAUGGAUCUAUGAAGCCUCUCUGAUUUCCUUGAGGCAGAAUAAAUAACACACUUCUUUAGACAUGUAAGCACUUGUUUUCAUAUACUACUUCAUCUUUCAGAAUCUGUAUCAGUUACGUACCUGUUUGUCUCUUUCUCACUACAUGAUAAGCUCCCUGAAAACUUGCCUUCUCCUUUACUCUGCACCUAACACAUGUGAUGUUCAUAUGCUCCAUAACUGCUGAAUUAGAAUGUAGAGAUAUAUAAAUGGAAAUUAACAUUCUUGCAUUGUCCAACUAUAUAGACUGCAUACAGGGAUUUUACUUAUGACCCCUAGAUUAGUACCAUCUAUUUUUAAAUACCAUUUUAAAUUCAGUGUACAACGGACAUAAGACCUGUAGGUGGAAGUCAAAAAUAAAUUACUUAAAAGCUGUUACAAAGAAAUGAUUAUACCACCCUCCCCAUGUUCUUUCCUAAACUAUCUAUUUUAGAAAUAACCCAAUAAGGGCAAAGCUAUAUGAGUAAAACUACACUGGAAGCUUGCUAGGCAACAUGAGAAUCUACUUGCUGAAACUUAGCACCAAUUCCAUCUGUCUUUGAUCACACUCAAGAUGGUUUAGGUGCCAACACAUCAGAAUUCUAUUAUUAGCAGAUGCAGAAAACUUGUGACUGGUAACAUCUGUAUCCCUCAUAUCUAGUGAUAUUUCUUUACCAUCAUUACCCCAUUACUCUAAAGAGUUAACAAACAGCAUGAUAUUGUAUACCUAACUUAGGCAGACAGUCAGAAGGUGCACCAACAUCCACCUGAAUUCUGCAAGGACGUAAACUUUCUUCUUUUUAGGAUCAUCUCCUAAAUUUCCUUUUCAGCUUCUAGGACCAUCUCUUAUCACAAUUCUUCCAUGAAGGCCUCCUAAAUAAGCUGAGUUAUUAAAAUCACAUUUUCCUAAGUAGUUGGCAAUUAUUCUUCAUUAUUUUCAUCAUAUAGGUUGUCAUCUUAUUGCAUUUAUUUCAGCAUUCCUAAAUAUAUUAUUCUACCCCACUCCCUCCUUCUACCCUCCAGUCAAUAUUUAUUGAGUACCUAUUAUCAGCCAGAUUUUCUACCAGAUGUUGGAUAUAACAAAACCAAUAAGAAUUUCCCCUGUUCACAAAACGUUUGUGGUAUAGUUUUGGAAGAGGACAAGUAAGAAUAAUAACAAACAAACAGAAAGGACAUUCUCAUCUCAUAACAAAUCAUUCUGCACACAUCUAGAGGAGAAUUUUUUUCCUUAAGGCAGUAAUUUCCUCAUUUCACUCAUCUGUUCAAUAACUUACAAUGGUUCCAUCUCACCAACAUAAUAAUAUUCAGGUUGCCCAUGAUGGUUCUCUGGAUCAAUUUAACAGGGCCACAGUUCUUUCUAACUUUCUUCUAAAUGUGCCACCUAAUUAUGGUUGCCAGAUUUAGGAUCACAAAUUAUUUCAUGUGACAUUUUUAGACUAAAAUAAUUAUCCAUUAUUUAUCAGAAAUUUGAGUUUACCUGGGUAUCCUGUAUUUUUGUCUGGCAACACUACAACUAAUUCCACCAUCUCAUUUGGAAUUAGAUGUACAAUGGACUCCAGUCCUCAGUAGGCAACAACUUUCAUAAGAAAUAUAUUCUGUCCUCAUUGCUCAGGGCAUCUCAUCGCCUCCCAGAAGUCUUGCCAGGCAACAGAGACUGAGUUUUUCUUUAAACUCAUAGUUUCAUGAAACUUAGAAAAUGUUAACUAACUACCUAAAGUGACAGUACUGCAAUUUUCUCAAAUUCAUGUACAAUGAAUGUUUAGGGGAAUUCUAAGAGAAUUUUUUUCUUCCAAAGCUUGUAUAAACUACUCAAGUUUGAGAACAAUUGUAUUUUACUUAGCUUACCUGAACAAUAUAAAUUAAAAAUAACUUCCUUUUUUUUUUUUAAGGAUAUUUACAUUUUAUUGUGUUUCUUUGCUUUCCAGUCCAAAAUUCUCUAAAAACGGAGUGUACACUAUAUAAAUAAAUAUUUAUUUUUCUGUUUCCAUUUUCCCAAAGCAUUGUAACUUUACAUGGGGUAGAGGGAGAAAGGGGAGGGGUCAGGUAGAAGGGAUGGAGGAACAGGGAAGAGAAGAAGCAGUUGUGCUCUCUUUGGAGUAGAUGGUCUCAGGCUGGCCCAUGCUCAGGUCUGACCUUAGGUAUAAAAGUUUCAAAGUACUAAAAUAAAAAUCACAUUAGGCCGGACGCCGUGGCUCAUGCCUGUAAUCCCAGCCCUUUGGGAGGCUGGGGCGGGUGGAUCACUUGAGGUCAGGAGUUCGAGACCAGCUUGGCCAACAUGGUGAAGCCCCAUGUCUACUAAAAAUACAAAAAUCAGCCAGGUGUGGUGGUGCAUGCCUGUAAUGCCAGUUUCUUGGAAGGCUGAGGCAGGAGAAUUCCUUGAACCUGGGAGGCCGAGUUUGCAGUGAGCCGAGAUCGAGCCACUGCACUCCAGCCUGGGAGACAGAGCGAGAUUCUGUCUCAAAAAACAACAACAACAACAACAAAAAACAUUAAUUCACUAGAAGAAUAUAUUCAAGGAGAAAUAAUUCAUAGUUAUAUACUUAACAAAAUCUCACUUGAAAUAAAAAGAAAAUAAAAAGUUCUUUAUUCUAAUGAAGUAUAUUGCAUUGUUAAGGUCUAGUAUAUUACAUUUGUACACACUCUUGACAGACUGUAUCAUUGCAAAUAGGUGACCUUUUCCAACCCAAACACUCUCUAGAGCUUAGUUUUUUAAAAAGGCACUGAUUAUAAAGGUCAUAAACUUCCACAGGGAUUUUUUUUUUGAAGAGAACAACAUGUUUUCUCUUCUAGCAUUAAAUUGUAUAUAUAUAUUCCCUUAGAUACACAUAAUUUAGAUAUUUAGGGUAACCGUCAUUAAAUGGUUUGGCUGUUUUCCAAUAGAAUUAGGAAACCAAGAACAAGAAUUGUCCAAAUUUGUUCAGAUAAUUAUUACCAGAAAAACAAUAGCUGUGUUUCACAAGGAGGUUUUUGGUGAGCCUCAGAAAAGAAGUAAAAUCAAAUGUGCCUGAUGCCACUGAUGAGAAACAAUUUUUUUGGUAGGAUUUACAUAACCUUCCAAGUUUACAUUUAAUUGACUAACAAUUUGGUGAUGGUAUAUCAGUAGCUUAAAAGCCAACGCAGAUGUAUAAGUGAAUAGUUCCCUUGCUUCUUAUUUGUCGGCAUUGUGGCCUAAUAAUUUGAAAAAAAGGUUUUGGAAUCUUAGCCAGGGUAAUGGCUCUAAGUAAAGAAAGAUCACGUUGGUGGAAUCCUUUAGUUGAAAUCUUACUCAGUAGGAAGGCUGAGGCUGCCUCUUCUCUCUCAACCCCACCUAGCCUACUAGGCACUCAGUAAGAAUUCAGAAAAUUUUUAUCUUGUUUUUCCAGUAGAAAUUGCAUUUCAGAAUGACCAAUAGAUUCAGUGGCUGAGUGAAUGCGAUACUUUACAGAAAAAUACCAGCUUAUAAAUGUAGAAGUGAUAGGAUGACAAUCUAAUUUUUCAACCUGUACUGAUUUAGAUAAUGAUUAUCCAUUGUUAUUUAUACCCACUAGGUUUAAUUGCCAACAGAGAACCAGGUAUCUGUUGGUAUUUAAGUAAUGUUGCACAGGGUGCUUUCUGGUCACAAUGAGAAAGGUGUAACUGUACAAAAGCAGGAUCAGUUUAUCAUCUCAUGAUCAAUUUAAGUGUCACAAAUAGUGAGAUAACAGAUAUUAUGUAUUUCCUGAUAUUAUACAAUAUGACAUCAUUUAUCAUGUAUUCUAAAACAAAAUAUACACCUACGUUAUUUUUAUUUUUUAAUAGAGAUGGGAUCUAUGUUGCCCAGGCUGGCCUCCAACUCCUGGGCUCAAGUGGUCCUCCCACCUCAAUCUCCCUAGUAGCUUAGACUACAGGUGCGUGCCACUGCUUCUGGCAACAUCUGAAUUUUGUCAAUGUUUAAAGCAACUUCUAUUUUACUGGGAGCACUAGGAAUAGAAGGAUCAAGAGCAAAGAUACCACAAGGAUGCAACCAACCAAAUGAAGUAGGUGAAAAAUUUUAGAGGACCACUUCUAUGGUCUCUUUAAUAAGUGAAUGUCAUGAAAAUGACAAUGUUCAACAUUAAGAGAAACGUAAUAGACAUGACAAUCAGAUGUAAAGUGAAAUCUUGGAUUGGAUCUUGAUUUGGAAAACCUUUGGAGGACUUUUCUGGGGACAACUAGAGAAAUCUGAACAAGGAUCGGGUAGUAGAUUAUAUAAAAUUUCACUAGCAUGCAAAAAUGUAGAUCAUAGUCUAAAAAAUUAGGUUACAAAACAGUAUGUAAAUACAAUCUCAAUUUGAUAAAAAAUACAUACAUGUGCAUAAAUACAGGUAGAAAAAGAUUUGGAAUGAUGAAUAAUUAGAGCAAACAUUAGUAGGUUCUGGUGGAAUCAUGGUGAUUUUGUUACUGCAUUUUUGCUAAUCUCUUGUUAAAUUUUUCACGAUGUUCUUAUAGUUGCUUUGCAAUAAAAGCUUUUAUUAAUUAUACAAAGAAACAGAAUUGACCACUGUUAACACCUUAUUUGUUUUAAAUCUAUUAUGAAUAAGUAUAUUGUGUAUUGGACAUGCUAUAUACAACACAGACAUUCAGUCAUCCCUCAAGUUUAUGUUUGCUGUGCUAUUUUAUAACUAAUGUUUUGAUGAAAUUGCAGCCACUAACAAAUUUUUUUCUAAUCUACAACUAAUCAACAUUGUAAAUAGUUAGGUACAAGAAAACCGUUGGUUAUCUGGAGAGAAACAAAGGAAGUUCAUCAGUGCUUGAGUUUGAAUGAUUGAAAAUUCAAUUACAGAUGACAGGAUCAAUUUAUGGGGACCUCGGAGUAAGUCCCUGAAGCCAUGUCCUCAGUCACUAAACACUAGAGUACAGCUCAUGAGGAUGGGUUCUGGAGUCAGUCACACUGUCUGGAUUUGAAUCCUAGCUCCAUCACUUGCACCUUGGGAACUUUGACUAAAUGACUUAAUUACCCUCAGCCUCAGUGCCUUCUUCUCUAAAAUGGGUUUAAUAAUACUGUAGUUCCCAAGGGCUAGAGGAGAUUACAUCUGUACAGCACUUAGCACAGUAUAUAACUCAUUGAGAAUACCUGAAAAAUAAUACUAAAAUAUAAGAUACAUAAAGGCAAAUAUUUCUGUCCAUUUUCUUAACUGCUGGAGCCUCAGUUCCUAUAACACUACCCAUUAUAGAGUAAAUCCUCAAGAAAUAUUUGCCAUGAUCUGAGUUUCAUUCUGUUGACUUUCACAAUGUUAAAACAAACACUCAAAAUUCCAUUGCUAUUAUAACAGGCUUACCAUCAGUCUCAUUGAGAUUUUUCUGUGAUACUUAUCUAGCAGGGAAGAACAGAAAAAUAGAGGACAUUUUUUUUCAGCAGAGUUUUCCUUUAAAAAGAUUUCUUCAUAUGAAUGCCGAACUCUA